GAUUACCUAAAAGUGGCGAUGGCGUUUUAUGGUCUGUGUUCCUUUGUGAAUAAAAAGUGGCGUUUUCGAGGUAUUUUCUAUGGGAGACCGGUUCAUUAAUGUAAUUGUUGUGAUCAGGAUUGAGAAAGAACAUACAAGUGAAACGAAUACGUGAUACGAAGCGAAGGGGAAGAAGCGUAAAAGUAACUAGCACGAAGAAAUACAUGAGCUCCCGCUUUCGACGGCCGGCGAACAUAUUUGUGUCCGGCGGCAAAUGUAAUAUUUCGACGAACCAGAGAAAAUAAUCCACUCCAGAGGACACGCCUAGCUGUAUGUGAUCACUUUUGCGCACCCGGUAAAAGAGUCGUAACAAUGUCAGAAACAGAGAAAGUACAAAACUGUACGAUGGAGAGCGAAGAUACAUGCCCUAAAGAUUUAGAGCAUGAUAAUCCGAUGGAACACAGCAAAAAUAGUAACUAUAGCGAGAGUCAAGAUUUUCAUCUCGUUGAUUUCGAUGACAAUGAAUCUCUGGACAAAUCUGCAGACAAUUUAGAAGAGACCAAGUCGGAAGAGACGUCGUGUCGUGUAAUUGAUAAUAUGGAAUCGUCUUUGAAUGCAACGGAGACCAUGGAAAUCGAAGACAAGGCUACAAGGAAGGAUCAAGAAGACAAAAUACAGAUGCAAUGUACUGAAUCACAGGGGAUAACAAAAAAAGAAGAUCCAUGCAACGAUGUUGCUAGCACCCUGGAGGUAACAAAAGAGAAAGAAUCGUGUAACGAUAUUGGUAAUACGGAAAACAAGAGUAAAGAAUCUGAAGAAGAGGAAGAUAUAAUAGAAUGUACACCACCCGAUGUUUAUUCACCUUCGAAAAAGGAAGUUCCUAGUAAUACGGCAACGACGAACAUGAAACGCAAAGCGGAUUCGUUCGAUGAACCACCACACAAGAUUUUAAGAACGACGUCUAUGGAAGAUGUAUCGAUUGCGGAGAAAAAAGUUCUCGAGAAAGAAGAAAGUUGUCAUUCGGUUAAAUCUGAUGAUUCUCAUCAUGAACUCGUUAAAGAUUGCGACGAUAAAGAUGUCAUAAUAGCGGAAACUCAAGAAGUCACGCAAGACGAAGACAUAGACGAUAUGCUUGAAGAAACUUCGAAAGACGAGGAGAAAACUAUGGAUUCCGAAAAGCAUUCAAACUCGCAAACGAAAGAAGAUGAAAUAAAUAAGAAUGAAAAUUUUAACGAUAUAUUGAAACUGAACGAUGCUAUUAGUAGUAAAGAACAUAACAAGGAUACUUCGGACGCUAAAGAUAUCGUGCAGUCUAGCGGCAACGUAUCUUCGUCGGUUCAAACGAAAGAAACAGACAAUACAUCUCCCUCUAAAAAAGUAGUGCUAAACGAAAUAAUAAAAUCAAAUUCGAAUAAUUCGAGUAUAGAUGACAUACAAUUAUCAGAAAACUCUGACAAUUGUGUAAAAGAUAUCGAAAAGACGGUUGAUAAGGAGAAUGGCAUCGAAACUACGAAACAUAUCGAUUUUGAACAAACAAGUAACGAUGCUCAAGAGGCGUCGAUUCCUAAGAAAACGAUAAACGAACCGCAUUCGAAUAUGAACUCUACCAAUGUGUGUAAUUCAAGGAUGAGCAUAGAACUUAUAUAUGACAAAACCAUGAUUCCCGAAAGUAAAACCAAAUCCAAAGAGCUAGUACAGAUCGACGAAGACGGAGAAAAGAUCGUGUUAGAUUCCUCUCAAGAAGAUUUCGAUGGUAAAUCAGAGAAUCCAAGUGUCCUAGAUAACACAAAGUCUGAGACGAUAUAUAAAAGCUGCUGCGAUAGUAAAAGUAGUAGCGACUUUAGUUACAAGUCGUUGGAAACCCCCAAAGAGUCGUCGCUCGAUACUGCUAAAUCCAGUAAUAAACUCGUAAAUGGAAGCAACGAGUCCAAGAGAUUUGAUCUCGACAGUACGGCUAGCGUAAAAUCUGAUACGUUUAACGAUAUGCCAAUUGGACUCGAUAAAACGGAUAACAAUAGCUCUACGUCUGUACAUAAUCUAAACAGGCAGAACAGAACGGUUGCUCCCGUGUCCAAAGACAGCGAUCACGCUGAGUUGUUAAGCGUAAGCGACAACGAACCCGAUGUCUUUAUACUGGACGAUAAAAGCAAAUCUAACUUGACUCAUAGCGUUUCUAUGACGAAACCGUUGUCAGUAGAAAAGGAGAUUGGUAUGUACGUUAGAAUGAAGUGCGUAUUGAAUAUCGACGAAGGUACAAAGGAAUUUCUAAGUAAAGAAAUUACAGGAGUGCAAUGCGAGACUGUUGCAGAGCCAAGUUUAGUACGACAGAAAAAUAACGAUACCUCGGCUUCGUUAGCCGAUAUAUCUGGAAAUGACAAUAAAGAUACAUCACCUGGCUCGGUAAACAGCAAUCCACACUUGUAUCAGUUAAAUCCUUCGAGGCUCUCGUUCGCAUCGACAAUCAGCUCCACAAGUUCUAUAUCUAGCGCUGCAUCAAUGGCAGCCAAGCUUGCAAUUAGAGAUAGUACGCAUUUCUCUUUACCACGGGGACCCGCGAAACACGCGAAAAAGCAUGCUCAAGACAUACAUUCAUCAAACGACAAGCUAGCGAUCGAAGAAGCGUACGAUCGUCUCAGUAAAGAGUGGCAAAAUAGUCACCUUCUAACGACGACUAUUUUGAAUUUUGCAAACGCAGAACUCAGCGGAGUUGAUACGUACAAUGUUAGCAACGAGAGGAUAGACGAUCAAUUACAAAAGAUUCGUUCGUCUACGCCGGAAGUUUUGCAGGAAAUGGCUCAGGUACAUACCCCCAAAAGUUCGAAAAAAAGUAAAUCGGUGAAAAGGUCGAGAAGCAAAAGCACAAAAUCGGAUAAUCAAUCGAACGGAUUAAAUAAGAUUCUUUCGAAGGUUUUAAUCCCUGCAGAGAGCAAUAAUACGCCAAACAAGAAGAAGACCAAAAUAGAGCACGUCGACAAUGCUCUGAGCUCUGUAGACGUUUCGAUAAAAACGCCUUUACAAGUGGUAACGGAUGACUUAAUCGGCAAAGAAGUCUUUGCUAAAUGGUCCGACAAUAAUUAUUACCCUGGCACCGUUAUCGAUAAAGUAAAAACAAAGUAUAAAGUGAAUUUUUACGACGGAAAAAGUAAAGUACUUAUAGAAGACUUCAUUAUAACGAUACCUAAAGUUUUAAAAGAAGGUUUCUCUGUAUAUGCUACAACUAAAAAUGACGAUUAUGGUUCGUGUGGUAUAAUUGUUGACUCCCAAACUGUAAAUAACGAAGUAUAUUACGUAGUAGAAAUGGACGAAGGGGACAAAGUUCGAGUUCAAAUUAAAGACAUUUUCUUGUCUUCUGAUCAAGCUCAAGUAUUAAAAGAGGAACUAAAUUCAGAAAGUAAAAGUCUUCCAUCCACGCCGAAGCAUUUGGGACAAGUAACCUUAGACAAUAUGGUUGAUGGUAAAAGGCGUUCUAGGCGAAUUGCUACCCCUAGUUUUUCGACGCCCAAGUCCAGAUUAACGAUCACGCCUAAAACUGUAACGGAACCGUCUGUUUCCGGUGUAGCUUCUAUACCUAAGGAAAUAAAAGGAUCCUUCGAAAGCGACGGUAUUUCCACUGAUUCGAACGUUUCCAUAAAAGAGGAAACAUCUUCUAUCGGUGUGCAGCCUGAGAUAAUCGGAACUCCGUACGAACAAAUCGUAAAAGGACCCCAGAGUCGCAUUAAAAGCAAGUCAAGAAGUAAGAAAAAAGUGGAAGACGAAGAAACUAUCGCGACUUUGGGUCCUAUACCGAGCACAGAUUCAAAUCUGUUCAAAGGCAUGUCCUUUAUUCUGACCUGUGCAUCGUUGGAAACUAUCGAUCGAUACCAAGCCGAUAGCAAAGAUUGUAAUUCAGAUCCAGAAACGGAGUACGAAGAGGAGUGGACGAAAAAGCCUUUCGUCAGGGACAGAUUGAACACGCAAAUAAUAGCUGGCGGUGGAAAAGUUUACACGGAUUUUAACGAAAUUCCACAAGACGAGUAUAAAAGUACAAAAUUAAUAACAAACGUGCCAAACACAACCGCGAAGACUUUGUUAUGUCUGUCUGUUGGUAUACCCGCGUAUAAUCAUAAUUGGAUUAUAAGGUGCUGUCAAGAGGGUAAAAUCGUGAAUCCUGCUGAAGACGAAUUACCCGUGGGUUGGAGUUUAGAUAAAAAAUCAUACGUUGACAUGUUCCAAAGAUCCGACGAUAAACCAUUGAAGCACGUCGUUGUAAUAAUUCCAGUUCUAGAGUGCGAGAAGCAAUUCACUAUUCUUUGGCGUCAAAUUUGUGAAAACGCAGGUGCUGUUGUCUUAUUAGUGGAUAAGCCAGAUGCAAUGGAAAGUUUUGUAGAAGGGACGGUAGUUCUGACGAACGCAUCGUGUCCAUCUUGGGCAAUUGGGAAAGCUAACGAACUACAGAUUCCGUUGCUUUCCACAACAUGGGUUAUUCAAUGUUUGAUAGAAGGGAAAUUUUGUCAACACGAUUCUCACCUUCGUUAUAAAUAUAAUUAUAUACAAAAUUAGGUACGUUUAACUAUCCAGAGACUACACAUCUAAGUUCAAGAGCAGGUGAGAUCCUGCUUUUGUAGAUUAUAAUGUUUUUAUUAGUAUUGUAUUACUCCGGACACACUGGAAUAUUAUUUCUAUUAUCGAAUACUAAGACACGAUUAUUUGUUUAAACUUUUUACCCGAUUACAAAAUACUAGAAUUUCAAGAUAUUGCUUUGAUAUUCACCCACAAUUUUGGAAAUCUGUUUUUCGUUCGAUGUCUGAUAAGAAUUAAAUUUAGAAUGUUUCUUCCGUCGAAAUGAAUGUGAAAUUGAUCUACGAUCGAAAAUAUCGAAACAUAUUUUAUAUAUGGUGUAAAGGUUUCUCUUUCUUGUGACUACUCGUUAUACAGAACUCCAGUAUGCUUAUUAUAUAUGAUAUUGCUUAUCAUAAAGUCGUAGUGUUAGGAUUUUGUAACAUUUUGUAUAAAUCGAAUUCUAAAUCGGAAGACACUUUUAUAAAGAACGAUAUGUAAUUUAAAAAAAAAAAAGCAUUUCACGAUUCCCGACCGUAAUUUACGCAAAUGAUUAUUACUUAUUCCAUUCGAUUGUGUUUAGCGUAUACCGAAUAGCAAGCAAAUGUAAUACGAUUAGAAAAAACUCAUUUUCAUAAAUAGUGUAAAUAAUUCGUAUUUUUCUUUUUCGUAGAGGCGCAUACAUGAUAAUCAAAUAACGCAUUUAAUUGUACCGGAAUUCGUACAUUUUAAGAGCAACCUUCCGAUCGAAAUAUGCUUAAAGGUAUAACAAUAUAGCUAUUGUCAGCUGCCAAAAACGAUUAUGUCUUCUGUUCUGCAAUUUUAUUAAGCAAGCAUUUGGUACGGAAAAUCCUUUUCACUUUAGAUGUUAUCUUCAUCGGGGCUUGCUGGCAUUGAUCGAAAGUUUUGCUGUAACCUAACCAAAUCGUCAAAUUAUUCUUAGUCGAAUCUACAUAGAAAAUAUCGAGUGAAUUCUGUAAAUCAAAGCUGAUAGUGGGUGGUAUAUCCUGUAAAUAUUUUUUUACUUGAAAUCGUAGUAACAGGUCAUUAAAUCUAUUCGCAUUACAUUUUUUACGUACUGGAUAUAUAUCCCGGUUUUUAAAUAAAAUUUAUAAAAAUCAUCCUUUACAAAUAUAUACAGCGGAUAUAUGUUCAGUAAAAUGGAAAACAAA